AUGGAAGCCGUUAUAGAUCUGCCGGUGGUGGUGGAAACGGAUAAUCAACUGACGCCGGCUGACGGAGAAAGUAAGUCACGUGCGAAGACGCUGAGCAGAACUUCGUCUUCUGAUAGAGAUGAAGUUUAUUCCGACACCGACACCGACACCGACGCCGAUGUUGAAAAUCAAAGGCUGUACGAGUUACCCAAUUCUCACGACUUCUACUGCACCAACUGCAAAUCAAGCAUAACUAAAGUGAUUAUUCUCCGCAACCCUCCGUCGUGGUCGUUGAUCUCGACUGCCGGAAAAUCAACCGAGCCACCGCCGAGUUGUUCACCAGAUCUGAUGCCGAAGCUGCAGCCUCGGUAUGAUACAGAUUCAGAAAGCUGUUGCAUUUCCAUUGAAUGCAGAGGCAAUGUGUAUAUGACCUUUGUAUCAAGCCGCCCCGAGCCUAGGCAUUGUUUCGAGAUAGUGAAGAGCAUUGUGUACGGAGGAUUAACCGAAGCAAUCACGAGCCUAGGCAUCGUAACCUCCGGAGCAAGUGCCAAUAUUCCAAUAGAGAUUAUCGGGGCUUUAGCAUUGGCAAACAUGAUUAUCGGUCUGUUUUUUAAACAUCUUUGACCAAGAUUUGGAUUAGAUUAUCGACAAUUUCCUCGAAAGCUAGGUUGUUUAGAAAGUGUUUAAUGGUGC